AUGAGCCCUUCCGAAGAGCCCAAUGUUUUGCUUAUUCUUACAGAGAUGGCUUGGAGAUCAAAUGAUGGAAAAUUUGCUGCUCCACCUCAAAGCUCCAUGAAGGACAUUAUCAAUCGCAUUGCAAAGGUAGAAUUAAGACUCUCCCAGCUGGAAAACCUUUCCGCAGCCUAUCGUGAAGAAAUAACAGGAUUGCGAAAGAAUAACAUUGUGUUGAUGGACAGAAUAAGUAAAAUUGAAGACGGUCUAAAAGGUGGCCAAGUGAAAGGCUCAGGAGGCCGCUGCCCCGAAGACUGGUUCUCCUUUUCCCGAUUUUGCUAUAAAUACAACGAGAACCCAGAAUCUUGGAACAGAGCAGAGGCCAAAUGCCAAGCCUACAGCCCAGACGUGCAUCUUGCCACCAUUGCCAAUUGUGAAGAAAUGGCCGGUGUGGCCAAAGAACUAGCUAAGCGCGUUCGAGCUAAGCAUCAGGUCUGGAUUGGGAUGCACAGGAUUAAAGGUGGCAAGUUCCCAAGGUGGAGGUGGGCAGAUUUUGCGUCAGCUGACUACAUGCCUUGGGCAGUUGGGGAAUCGCACCCUCGGGAAAAAGAGCAAUGUGUAGCGCUGCAUGCUGAAAGUAAGGAGAUUUGA